CCAUCCAUGCUUCUCCUUCUCGUGCUCCUUAUCGGAGCAUCAGGAAUCAAUGCAGUAGUGUAUAAAGAAGUUCCAAUUCAAGCAAAUACGGACACCCUGGAAUAUGUGCACACUGUAUGGAGACAUGGGGAUCGGACUCCGGCGGAGCUUCUCUUUCCGGAUGACAUCACGAAAUGGCCUGAGGGAUUGGGGGAGUUGACCGAGCAAGGAGCAGCCCAACAAUAUCGUCUGGGUCAAUGGCUCAAAAGGCGAUAUGGCUCGUGGCUCGGGGAAAAGUUCAAUAGAAAUGCUAUUUAUAUUCGUAGUUCUGAUUACAAUAGAACAUUAAUGUCGGCUCAAGCGAAUAUGGCAGGACUAUUCCCACCGAAAUAUCCAAUCGCUGGAGGAUUAAUGUGGCAGCCAAUUCCUGUUCAUACGAUAUCGAAACCAACAGACAAAGAACUCUACGAAGAAGCAAGUUGUCCGACUGCUGAAAUUGAGAUGAAUGCACAAUGGAAAUCAACUAAAGCUAAUGGAAUUCGAAAGAAGUUCGCACGAGAAUUAAGCUUUUUCUCCCAAAAGCUUAAUUUGCCAAAUAUGGAGCUAAAGGCUACCUGGAGGAUAUUUGAUAAUUUGUUUUGUGAGAAACAAAACAACAUAACAUGGCCAUCAUGGAUGAACUCGAGUAUAUUCGAACGAGUUGAUCAACUGUACAAUGAAGUAUCUCAGUUGGAAUUCCAUACAGAUACUCUUCGACGUCUUCGUGGUGGGACCCUUCUCGAGGAAAUAUUUCAUCGAUUUAGUGAUAAAGCUUCUGGAUCACUAGGAAAAGAAGCAAAGUUUUACGCGUAUUCUGCGCACGAUUCAACAAUCGCAGCUCUUCUCGCGACACUUGGAGUGUUCUACGAUAUUUAUCCAAAAUAUGCAACAUGUUUGCUCAUCGAAAUGCACAAACUCGCGAACGAAACUCGCUUGAUACGAGUUUUUCAUAAAAAUGAGACAGAUAUUGAUCGGCUUAUCGAAUAUUCGAUUCCUGGUUGUGAUGAUCCAUGCACACUCCAAAAGCUCGGAGAUGAUCUUAAAAAAUACUUUCCAGAGGAUUGGGAAGCCGAAUGCGGUCUGAAAACAAGCUUCCAAUUUAUUUAUUUAGUUAUAAUAUCCAUUCUGGUUAUCUCUACAGUUUGCUCGUGUACCAUGCUUUUCGUUGAGAAACAAAAGCGGAAGAUUUUGAGAUUCCCCGUCGACGGCCUACGCGAUGACACUGCUCCGAUGCUGGGUGGAGACGAUAGUGAUUGAGAUUUUGUUUUACUUUUGAAAAUAGUUUAUAUCGCACCCUUCAUGUUGAAUAUCAUUUUCUGAGUCAGCUUUUAAAGACAUAUCCCGUGAAACCUUGAUACAUUCCAAACUUUGAAUAUCCCGGCAUUUUUAAUGAGCCAAAGACAUCUCGAACCAAAGAUUUUAUUUUUGCAAUAAAUUGUUUCAUAUCAC